AUGCAGGGAAGUAUUCAAAAUAAUGAGGAAUGUAAGGAAAUAACUGAAAGGGGGGAAAACUACGAUAUAGACGACCCAGAAAAAUUAAAAUGUAAGGAAAUAUCGUUAAAAGAUAGAGAGAAAAAUAAUUUAUCAGUAGAAAAUUUAGUUGCUAUUGAAUUAUCAUAUAUAAAUACUAAGCAUCCAGAUUUUCAUGAUGCUGCUUUCAUUUGUUCAAAUAAAGCAGAUGUAUUUGAUAACAGGAAAAUAGCUAAUAAAAAGACAGAAAAUAUUUCAAAUCCAAGUGCUCAGUAUGUUACAAAUCUAAAUGUUGCAGAUUCUACAACUGAGAAAGUAGUGAACAAACCAUCUAGUAUUCAACGUCUUUCUGGAUUAAAUGCAAAUGACCCUAAUAUGACCUCUGGGUGGAUAUCAAAUUUCAUGCCUGCAAGCAUGGGUACAAAACCUGAAGUCAAUAAUAAAUCAGAAAGUGCAAGCAGUACACCUAUUCAUGAUAAAUCUUUAAGUCCUGUCAAAGCAGUUAAUUUAUUACCAGAAGUAGUAAGUUUGUGCUUUUGUACAUUCAAAAAAAAUACUUUAAGAUUUCCUAUUAAUUUAAUAUUAAUUUAUUUUCAAUAGUUAAGAAAAUGUUCU